ACGCUCACAUAUAAAAUGGAAGAUGUUGUAAUCCAAAAAAUAUUCAUCAAAGCUCUUAAAGUCUCAAAUCAUUGACAAAAGCAAACUCAAAAGAACUUAACAGAAAUUUGCACUUGUUUUUUUUUUUUUUUUUUGUCAAAAUGGCAAUGAGACCAAGAGGUGGUGGAGUUCGACCGAACCGGCCUAAUCGGCCACCACGAGCAGCCGUUCGACCAGUUUAUGAAGAUUUUAGGCCAGUUUAUGAGCGGCAUCAAGAGGAAGAGGCUGAAAAACUACUUAUUUAUCUUCCUGGUUUCCUGAAGGAGAACAUUAGAGUAAGCACAGAAGGCAAGAACACAGUGAGGGUACGAGGAGAACGGUUAGUAGCAGGCAACAAAUGGAAUCGUUUUCAAGAAGAUUUUCAAGCACCAGAUGACUGUAACAUGAGAGGUAUCCAUGCCAAAUUUGAGAAUGGAAUCCUUACCAUCACUAUGCCAUGGAAAAUGCCCAAGCAAUUAUCAGAUGAACUAACAAAACAAACUCCAAUAACCCCUCCACCCCCUCAAAAGGAUCCUACUGAUUUUCCUCCCAAAACUACUUAUCCAACUGUUGAAACACCAAGAACACCAACCCCUUUAAGGCCCACAGCUCAAUUGCCAAUGCCUCAAAAUGUUGUCAAAGAUCAUGAUUCUACAGCAGGAAAGGAAUUACAAAGAGAUGAGAAGAAAGUCUUGGAAGGUCAACUGGGGACUACUGCUGAAUCAUCAAAGACUCAAAAGGAUACUGAUUUUCCUCCCAAAACUACUUAUCCAACUAUUGAUAUCCCAAGAAAACCAACCCCUUUAAAACCCACAGCUCAAUUGCCAAAGCCUCAACAUGUAGACAAAGAUCAAGAUUCCAGAGGAAUACAGGGAAAACAAGGAGAUGAGAAGAAAAUAUUGGAAGGUCUAGUAGGGAGUAUUGAGCCUAAGAUUCAAAAGAGUAAAGAAGAAGACAAGUCGGAUCACAACAUAACACAAUUGGUCAAAAGGGGCAAGGAAGUUGAAAAGAAGGAGAGCCAUGAAGCAGGAGGAAAGAAGGUUGCUGAAAAGAGUAAAGAAUUAAUAGAGAAGUUCCAAGAAAAAGUUGAGCACAAAGAAUCAAAAGAUAGGCAAAUUACAGGAAAUUUAGCUGCUGGUGUAUCUUCUCAUCCUGAUGGUGAAUUCAGUAUUGGCAAUUUGAAGAAAAGCAUUGCAGAGCUAAAUGAAGAGAGACAACUUCUUGUGAAUGCUGGAGCGGCUGUGCUGGUGAUUAUGGCACUUGGGGCUUAUCUUUAUCACUCCAUAGGGUCUGGGAGAGCUGAGUAAAUAACAAAACUUCAAUUAUGUAAAAAUGUACAAAUUUACUUGAAUUGUGAUACUUUUAAUUUGUGCAAAUAAAAGGAGAUGGGAUUGAAAAGUGGA